AAACAUUUAUGAACAAAUGAAAAAUGUUGCAGUAAAAAAUAAAAAACCAUUAUAUUUACAGAAAGCAGAAAAAUGGUAUGAAAAAUCUCUUAAAUUAGAAGAUAGUCAAUCUGCAUAUCAACUUGGAUUACUUUAUGAAAGCAAUUUUUAUGAAAGUAUGAACGUUGAUAAAUUUAAAGAAAAUAAAAAUAAAGCGGAGAAUUUGUUUGAAAAGGCCGUUCAAUUUGAUAAUGAUAAUUUGUACGCAAAAGCAAAACUUGGAAGAAUUUUAAUUAAUAAUAAAAAAGAUGUGAAUAGAGGGUUUAAAAUAUUGGAAGUUGCAGCA